UUAUUUACAUAAGAAUUAUUGGAAUAAGUUUCGCUAUUCCACGCGUAGUUAUUUCAUGGAAUCAUAUCUUUUAUAUGGACUCGUAUGUGUAUUUUUAGGUAGAUACAACAUAAUUAGAUUCGCAAUAUGUGUGAAUAUUGAUGCAGAUCAUACAGAUGGUUUAUAUUUUUGUUAUAUAUAAUCAAAAAGCAAGAAAAAACCAAAUUGCAAUAAUUUUGAAAAUGUUACAAUAAAAUAUUACGGAUGGAAUAUCGAAAGCAAAUGGGAAAACGAAAGUAAAUGUAUAGCAAAUUUAAUGAUAUGAUAGGUGUUUCAAUGUUUCAACAAUGAUAACUAAAGUCAGCGCCUUAAGCAUGCAAAAAACAGAAAAAAAAGAAUUACAAAAAAUAUUCAAAAUAUACUAACAAAAUUUACAUGGAAUUUGUAUGAUUUUCAAAUACGCAAAAACAAUCAAAACCAAAGCAAGAAAACAAAAAGCAAAAGUGUGAAAACAAAUGUUAAUUAAAUGUGCAAUUAGAAAAGUUGAACAAAGCAAUAAUAAAAUUAAAAGAAAUACAAAACAAAAACAACAGAGCGAGCUUAAUAAUGUGCUUACUGUAAAGUCCACGCCCACAAAAAAAAAAAAAGAAACAAAUGUUUGCUAAAUUGCUGCAAGACACAAGUGCACGUUAAGAAGCUAUCCAGUUCUAAUUAGUACGUAAGUCAACUAAAAUGCAAAUGGCAUGAAAAUAAAGAAAUGCUGUAAGACAGCAUGACAGUAUAACAGUUGUCUAAGGCAUAUGGCGUAUAACAGUCGCUGUGGAAUAGUUUGCUGCAGUCACGCUGCCGUAUUGAUAUUGCUAUUUAUUUUUUGUGUGUGUGUUUUGUUUUUUUCCGGGGCUUCUUCUAUUUGUCUUUGCGCCAAUCAGCGAUAAUUUUCCCAUUACUCAUGUUAGAUGCAAGCAGCUACUACCAUCGAAACCGAAAAAGCCUCCUCCAUGGCCCCCGAAAGAGUCCCGCAUCCGUUUGCGUUUAAUUUGAAAACUCUUUGCUGAUGCUAUCGAAGCCGUCGGCUUGUCAUUCAGCUAGCGGCAACAUGUUUCAACAGUACGGCAAAUUAUUUUCAAGAUAACCGCAAAAAUUCUGUGUAUGUGUUUUCCUUCUUUUUUUUGAUAGAGCAACAGCAAGCAUCGAAAACUGGCGCAGCAGCCGCCAAUCGACGUGUCGAUAUCGUGGCUGGCAGUUCAAUUUAAAUUUUUCGGCUAGCACAAGUCCAACUCUAACUCUCUCUCCAAUUAUUUGAUGCGUGGCAUCCUUUAUAGCCUAGACAUACAGUAAACAUGAAAGCAACAGAGACGCAUUGCUUGCUGCUGCUGCUGCUGCUGUUGGCGUUGUGUUGCCAAUUGAGUGCAGCGCUGCGCUGCUACACAUGCGAGGACUGUGACGAGCAGUCGCAGCUCAAGGAGCUGGAGGUGUGCAUUGCCCCAGCCAUGGUGCAACAGGCACCUCCACCACAGCAGCAGCCACAGCCACAGCCAGAGCCAGUUGCCACUGGUCUGCCGGCUAAUCCCAUAAUAAAUACAGUUACUGCAACUGGAACAGUGGCUGCAGCAGUGCCUGCUGCAAGUCCAGUGCCAGCUCCAGCUGCCACUAGUGUUGCUGCCGCUGCUGCUGGCAACAGCGGCGAUGACGAUGACUAUGAGAGCGAUGAAGACGAUGAGUCAGCCGCUGUUAUCACAGCUAGCAACAAUGUGAUUGGCGCAGCAGGCGCCGCUGCUGCAGCUGGCGUUGCUGCUGGCGCUGGCGUCGCUGCUGUUGGCGCUGCUGGAGCUGCAGCUGGAGCUGGCACCGUGGUGCGUCCAGCAGCCGCUGCCGCCUCAGAGUCUGAGGACGAAGACGAGGACGAAGAGGAUGAGGAAGAGGACUACGAUGAUCGACGCAAACGUCGUAUGAGUCGUCAGGCUGUUGCUGCCACCUCAAGAGCUGUCUGCUACAUUGCGAGUCUGCGACUCAAUGGCACAGAGAUCACGAAUCGUGGCUGCACCAUUGUCAUGGAUGACAAUCAGACGGCAGCGUGCAGUUCCCUCUUCGAUGGCUGGAACGUGGUUGGCUGUCAACUGUGCGAAGAGAACGGCUGCAAUGCUCCCAUUCAUGCCACAGUCGUUGGCCAGUUCAGCAGCAGUGGCAGCAGCAGCAGCAGCAAGACGACAACGACAACAACGUGGACCACAGCGACCACGAGCGCAACAGCAAUCGUGUUAGUUCUUUUGGCUGCAGCUUUAGCCUAGAUUGUGAGCAAUCGAUGUGCGGCUGAUAACGAAUAUAGAGAAAUAUCUACCAA